AUGAAUGAUGUUGACUUAACUGUAUAUUCAAUUCGUGAUCGCAAAGAGAUCAUACUUUUUUCCAGUUGUUCUACAAUAAUUCGUAGAAUAGAAGUGAAUCGAUAUUUUAAGGGUUAUGGCAGUAUAACAUUCUGUCAACCUGUUGUGUUUGAUGAGUAUAAUGAACUUAGAUCAGCCGUAGACAUACUUAAUAUUUUGCAUGAUAAUUCACUUUCUUAUCAUGACAUUCUUGGAUCAAAACGCUCUACAGAUCGUAUUUUUGCCUUCUAUCUUACAGUUGCAGAAGCAAAUAGCUUCUCUGCAUAUUGUAGAUUUGUUCCAGGAAAAAGAAAUAUGAAACACAUCGAUUUUUGCAAGCAAUUAGCAAAAUUGAUCUUCAAUUGUUAUUCAAACAAUACAAUUACUGAUCGAACUAAAAAAAGACGAAAAUAA